AUGCGCCGUUGCAUCAGAGGGCAAGCAGUACUCGUAACCCGUCAGAGCAAUCCCUUCAUCCACCGUAAAUUGUUUCAGACAUCAGCUGAUACAUAUGCGAAGGUCAUCGAAAUCUACGGUCCUGAUCGACACUUGAACUCAGGAAGAGUGCUCCACUCUCACUUGAUUAUCAACGGGUUGGCCCGUCGGACCCAUCUCGCUUCUAAGCUUAUAGCAUUUUAUGUUAUUUGUGGCAAACUAAACAAUGCCCGGAAAGUGUUCGACAAAAUUCCUGAAACAAAUAUUCGCCGGUAUAUCGUCCUUAUCGGGGCAUAUGCUCGAUAUGGGUUUCAUCAACAAGCACUCGAUGUGUACAACGAAAUGCAAUAUAUGGGUAUUAAGCCUAACAUAUUUGUCGUUCCCAGCGUACUCAAGGCCUGCGGUCACCUCUCCGAUUCACGAACAGGCGAGAAACUACACGCUGUGAUACUCAAACACUCGUUUUAUUAUGACAUUUUUGUCAAUAGUUCACUCAUUGAUAUGUACUCGAAGACUGGACAAGUAGAGAAAGCACGUGGGGUUUUCGAUACCAUGGUGGAAAAAGAUUUGGUGGCGUUUAAUGCUCUUGUUUCGGGCUAUGCUCAACAUGGAUUACCUGAACAAGCGUUAGAUUUGGUUGAGAAAAUGCAAGUAGAAGGAGCAGUAAGGCCUAAUAUAGUAACUUGGAAUACUUUGGUAGCUGGAUUUUCUCAAAAGGGUGAUGAAGUAAUGGUUUCCCAACUUUUUAAGAAGAUGGUUGAUCAAGGGAUUGAACCUGAUGUUGUAUCUUGGACUUCAAUUAUAUCUGGAUUGGUGAAGAAUUUUCGAAAUGAUGAAGCCUUUGAUACUUUCAAGGAGAUGUUGGAUCAUGGGUUACGUCCAACGUCAGCUACUAUGAGUAGUCUCUUGUCUGCUUGUUCGGUUGUGGCAAACGUUGUGCGCGGGAAGGAGAUUCAUGGUUAUGCAAUGGUGAUUGGAGUUGAAGAUAAUAUAUUCGUGAGAAGUGCUUUAGUUGACAUGUAUGCUAAAUGUGGAUUCAUACAUGAAGCCAGGGCAUUGUUCUUCAAGAUGACUGAAAGAAACACAGUGACUUGGAACUCAAUGAUUUUCGGGUACGCCAAUAAUGGAUUCUGUAGUGAAGCAAUUGAGCUUUUCAAGCAGAUGAUGGAGGAAGACGAGAAGAAACUUGAUCACCUGACCUUCACUGCAGUUCUCACUGCUUGUAGCCAUAUGGGCAUGGUUGAUCUUGGACAAAGUCUGUUCCACUUGAUGCAAAAAGAGUACAAAAUCAAUCCAAGACUCGAGCAUUAUGCUUGCAUUGUUGAUCUUCUCGGUCGAGCAGGAAAACUCACUGAAGCUUAUGAUAUGGUCAAGGCAAUGCCAAUUGAGCCAGAUUUGUUUGUAUGGGGAGCAUUACUAGGGGCUUGUAGGAACUAUGGGAAUAUAGAUAUUGCUGAAAUAGCAGCUAAGCAUUUGAGGGAGCUAGAGCCUGAGAGUGCAGGAAACCAACUACUGUUGUCAAAUCUAUAUGCUGAUGCAGGUAUCUGGGGAAAUGUAGCAAGGUUGAAGAAGACUAUGAAUAGAAAACAGCUUAGAAAAUUUCCCGGCUGCAGUUGGAUAGAGACCUGACAUGUAAUUAGUACAGAAUUAUUCCAUGUAGUAUUUCGAUAUACGAUAGUCGAGUCAUUCUUGGUUCUUAUUCAUGAAGGUCAUUUUAUCACACAAUUUUAAGAUGAUUUUGUAACACAAUAUUAAAGUCUCGUCCAUUCCUUUA